UUUGUUGUGGAAAACCCACUUCCUGUAGCCGGAAGUUUACUUCAUGAGCCUUGUAGUCAGGACUGACAGUUUUGUUUUACAUUUGUUUACUUAUUGAACUUCAUAUACACGUGUGGCGUGUAGUUUAGCCAGUUUGGUUAUUUAUUUAUGUAUAUUUUUUUAAUAAUUUGGACCAAGCACACGUUUAUGUAAGUAUCCAGCGCCAGCAGAGAGCAGCUGCAGCAGGAGGAGGAUGUCUGCAGGAACUCGGCUAGAAAACGCGAAUCCUUUCAUUUUUCAGCGAUCUGGAGAAAGACUCCUGACUGCGAGUGAAGAGGAUGAAAAUGUGACUGAUCCCAUUGACGACAGAGAAAUUUUCGAUCACAUUAGAUCCAUCAAUGAUCCUGAGCACCCGCUGUCCCUCGAGGAGUUAAAUGUUGUGGAGCAAAUGCGUGUGAAAGUGAAUGACCAGGAGAGCACGGUGUCUGUGGAGUUCACACCAACCAUCCCUCACUGUAGCAUGGCGACUCUCAUAGGGCUGUCUAUCAAAGUCAAGCUGCUGCGCUCACUGCCUGACAGGUUUAAGAUUGACGUCCACAUCACACCAGGAACACAUGCUUCAGAAGAUGCAGUUAAUAAGCAGCUAGCAGAUAAGGAGAGAGUGGCUGCAGCUUUGGAGAACGCUCAUCUGCUGGAGGUCGUCAACCAGUGCCUUUCCACAAGACCUGCAUGACCCAAUCAGUGUUCAGUUAUUAUUCUGUGGAUGAAACUCAGAGUCACAUAUUUCUCUCAACUCACACACUCGCUAGGUUGCGCAAGCUUAGUAAUGUUCUUUUUGAUACGCUUAUGUUAGUUAAGAGCGUGUUGGUCCUGUGCUUUUACUGAACACAGUUGAAAUAUAAUGCAAAGAAAAAAAAAAGAAAAAAAAACCCCACUUGGUUGAGUAACUGCCAUGCCAUGUUUCAUAUGUUUGUAAUUAUAUAACAAGUGCAAACAACUUCUUAAUGAUGGACAAAAUGUAAUAACAGACAUGAUCUGGAAUUUAUUCAAAGGAUUUCUUAGUAAACUUUUUUUUUUUUUUAAAUAAAUAUUAGCCAGUUUGCAGACCCUGUUGCUUUCUGACAAAAAAAAAAAAAGCAAGCAAAUGGAAUUUUUUUAUUUAUUGUUCCCUGACACACCUAAAAGAAAAGUAAAGUUUAAAGUGAUAACAUUAUAAAUGAUAACAUUGUUACCUAAAGUGUCUUCCAGCUGCCAAAACACAGGCCGAGCUGAUCAAGCUGGACCAUCUUUGCCUGCUGGUAAGUGCUGGUAGAUGGGAACAGGUUGUAAUUACUGUUACUAAUGCAAUAUCUUAGACAACUUGUGUUUACGAAAACAACAUGCCAGUAAGGCAAUUUGAAAAUCUCAAAAAUAUACUGAUCUGGAAAAUAAUUUACAAGCUGGCAAAGAUGGGUCUAUCAGCUUAACCAGCUCAGCCUGUGUUCUGGCAGCUGGUAGUUGGUCAGACCAAGCUGGAUUCUUCAGCAGGGUUGAUGGUUUAAAGAUGAUAUUUAUACAGGAAAGAUGUUAUUAAAAUGUUUGUGGACACCUGGCCAUCACACUCUUAUGUGCUUUUUGAGCGUUCCUUUCCAGAUUUAGUCCCCCUUUGCUGUUAUAGUUACCUCCACGCUCCAGAGAAGGCUUUCCACUCGAUUUUGGAACAUGACUGUGGGAUUUGUGCUCAUUCACCUACAAGAGAAUUAGUGAGGUCAAGCAAGGAGACCUGGGGUGCAGUCUGUGUUCCAGUUAAUCCCAAAGGUGUUCAGUGGGGUUGAAGUCAGGGCUCUGUGUAGUCCACUCGAGUUGUUCCACUCCAACCUUGGUCUUUAUUGUCCUCGCUUUGUGCACAGAUGCAUUGUCAUGCUGGAACAGAUUUGGGCCUCUUAGUUCCAGUGAGGGGAAAUCUCUAGUGCUACAGCAUACAAAGACAUCCUUUACAAUUCUGUGCUUCCAUCCUUGUGGCAUCAGUUUGUGGAAGAACCACAUCUGGGUGUGAUGGUCAGGGGUCCACAUACUUUUGGCCACAUAGUGUAUUUUGUAUUGGAUGUUUCAUGUUAGGUAGGCCUCAUUGUUUCAGAUUCACUAUUAUACAGUGUACAGUAUACAUCAACAAUAUAAUGCCAUUUUUAAAUAAAGAUAUGUAUUAAAUGCUACUA